AUGCCCAAGCGCACCGCCAGCGAAGUGGGAACCGAAGAUAUUCGCGACCACAUCAGUAAGCUGAGAGAGCGCAAUGUGGACUGUGGCGGACAUGAUCGAUUCCAUCUCGGUGCUGGCUUCUACUUGAGUACAGCGAAACCCAAAAUCGAUACGGUAAGCCAAUACCAAGAUCGCAUCCUCGCUGCCGCCAAAAAAGCGCCACGCUUUCUAUUUCGAUUCUGGAACAAGGACUCUGGUGGACCGGGUACUUUCAACACCGCGGAGGCCGUCACGCCUCGUGCUUUCGCGGGCGGCAGACAUGACCACCUGCUGUUCGACAUGCAGCAGACCGAGUUCGACAAAAUCGCCACUGACCACUUUGCGGGACGCGAUACGGAGACAGUCUUCUCCUCCUGGUCACAAGCGUUAUCAAUCGUGCUGCAAAUCGCUUCUUCUGGCCGCCGAGAAGAGGUAAGGAUCGCUAUUCUCGACACAAAGUUGCUUGGACCACACAACGUAGUGAUGAGCACCAGGACUGCGAACGAAGUAUGCCGUUUCGUCGACAUCUACGACUGUGAGCUUCCGAUAUUUGGCGUCAUUGAUGGGCCAGCAUAUCAGGCGUGGCCGCUCUUACCACUUGAAGAGGACGGGAUAUGGACUUUCAUCACUCGGUCCGGCAGCCCACGAUGCAGCUCUUUGGAAGACUGCAUAAGGGAUGCCUGGGCUCUUGCGAGCGGAAUCGAGCCUUCACACUUCCAGGUCCCUUUCGCAGCCCAUAUAAUGGCUCUACAUCCUCGAGAGCAUCCAGGCCCUUGCAAACGAAAGGAAGACGAGCAAGAAAUAUUGAGAUUCCUCUCAUGCUUGAAAAACAACACGCUACACCAUUUCAUCGAGGAUGCCACUAUCAUGACACCCGGGUAUGCAAACAACUACGCCUAUUUUGGCACAGACAGGGUCAAUGCAUUGCAGCAGAUUGCUACGCCAGCUGAUGAGACACCCUACGAACGAGAGGAGAGAUACAAAGCGGCCCAAGGAGGCAGCAAGGGUAACGUCACCACUUCGACAGCCACUGACAGUAGCCCACGCGCCGAUGGCGACAGUCUCUUCGCAAGUUUGCUCAAGUACAUUGGGUUCAAGUAG